UGAGCACGCACGUCCAUGCGGAUCCAAGAUGGCCGCCAGUUUCCUCGAAAACCACCAGUAGUUUACGAGACCAUGGUCCCAGUCAAUCCAUUCAGACAGUCGGCUAAAAUCAUGGCGUCCGGCAGCUCGGGGAGCAGAGUGUCCUGCGGGAGGGAUUUGAAUUGUGUGCCGGAGGUCGCUGACACUCUAGCUGCGGUCGCCAAACUCGGGUUUGACUUCCUGUGCAUGCCCCUCUUCCACUCGAGGUUCAAGAGAGAGUUUGAGUUGGAGCCCGCUAAAUCCCGAUCCGGAGCCCAUACCCGGUCAGACCUGCUGCUGUGUGGAAGAGAUUGGAACACCCUCAUUGUGGGGAAGCUCUCUCCUUGGAUCGAUGCAGAUUCAGAAAUCGAGACAGAGCGCAGAAACUCGGAGGCUGCUCUGACACAGGAGUUAAACUUCUCAGCCUACCUGGGUCUGCCCGUCUUCAUGAUCCCUCUAAGGGGUCCUCACAACGCCAAUGUAGCCCGGGUCCUGCUAAACCACAUCCACACCGGACACCAUACCUCAAAUUUCUGGAUUCGUGUCCCGCUGAUGGCAUCAGAGGACGUGCGGGAGGAUCUGAUCGAGAACGAGCCGAGCACUUCCAUCGAUGAAGGAAUAGUUGAUGAGAGGACCUGGAGCUGGUGGCACUCAUUCAGAACCCUUUGUGACUACAACAACAGGAUCUGUCUGGCUAUUGAGAUCGGAGCAGACAUCCCGUCAGACUCAGUGAUCGAUAAGUGGCUCGGGGAACCCAUCAAAGCAGCCAUACUCCCCACCAACAUCUUCCUGACUAAUAAGAAGGGCUUCCCUGUUCUGUCCAAAGCCCACCAGCGGAUAAUCUUCAGUCUAUUCAAGCUGGAGGCGCAGUUCAUCUUCACAGGCACCAGCCGCCACACUGAGAAGGACUUCCGCUCCUACCUGCAGUACCUGGAAUACCUCAACCAGAACCGGCCUGCUCCCAACGCCUACGAGCUCUUCGCCAAGGGCUACGAAGACUACCUGCAGUCUCCCCUCCAGCCGCUCAUGGACAACCUGGAGUCUCAGACAUAUGAAGUGUUUGAGAAGGAUCCUAUAAAAUACUCCCAGUACCAACAGGCUGUAUAUAAAUGUCUACUUGACAGAGUUCCAGAGGAGCAGAAAGACACAAACGUUCAGGUGCUGAUGGUGCUGGGAGCAGGGCGGGGUCCUCUGGUCAACGCGUCGCUGCGUGCUGCCAGACAGGCAGACAGGAAGCUGAAGGUGUAUGCUGUGGAGAAAAACCCCAAUGCUGUAAUCACGCUGGAGAACUGGCGCUUUGAGGAGUGGGGGGAUCAGGUGACGGUGGUGUCAUGUGACAUGCGGGACUGGGCCGCACCGGAGAAAGCCGACAUCAUCGUCAGCGAGCUGCUGGGCUCGUUUGGUGACAACGAACUUUCCCCCGAGUGCUUAGACGGAGCGCAGCACUUCCUCAAAGAUGACGGAGUGAGCAUCCCCUGCUCCUACACCUCCUUCCUGGCUCCUCUGUCCUCCUCCAAGCUCUACAACGAGGUGCGGGGCUGCCGGGAGCGCAACAAGGACCCAGAGUGCCACUUUGAGACCCCCUACGUGGUGCGCCUCCAUAACUUCCACCAGUUGGCCGAACCCAAAGCGUGCUUCACCUUCAAACACCCCACAACAGAUAUGAACAAUAACCGGUAUCAGUGCCUCAAGUUCUCCGUGGGCUGUAACUCGGUGCUCCAUGGUUUCGCCGGCUACUUUGAGACCACGCUGUACAAAGACGUCACACUCAGUAUAAAACCAGAAACACAUUCACCUGGAAUGUUCUCCUGGUUCCCCAUCCUCUUCCCCCUGAAACAACCCAUCCCCAUCUCCCGGGACGAUGAUGUCACAGUGCGAUUCUGGCGCUGCAACAACGGGAAGAAGGUUUGGUACGAGUGGGCCGUGACCGAGCCGUCCAGCUCCGCCAUCCACAACCCAGCAGGACGCUCCUACACCAUCGGCCUGUGAAGACGCCACACACACACACACACACACACACACACACACACACACACACACAGGUUUCUGUAAGACGAGGUGUCCCGGCUCCUUUUAUAUACACGGUUUAAACCUGGACUCGUGGUGCAAAAAACCCUUAAUCAGGGUUUUUAUAAUUCCCAGUUGAAGGCACUUUUGAAAUGAAAACGUCUGUUUCUUCAGGACUUCCACCUCCACAAACUGUAUGUUGCUGUGUUCAGAUAUAGGUCAAACCCCUCACCACUGGUUCAUCUUUUUCAAUCUUUUCUUCCCCAGAACUGACACACACACACACACACACACACACACUCAAUCCAACCUUUGCCUUAUCAAACACACAUUCCAUACCACACUGACAUACUGAUGAAACACACACACACACACACACACACACACACACGAGGGUCCGAGGCUAUUCAGGUCACAUACCGUAUCGUUUGGGGGGGGCUGUGUCUUCAUACCCGUUUGUUUUUUUUUGUUUUUCUGUAUGUUUGAACCAUGUCAAUAAAAACAACGCUGUAAUGUUCUCCAA